GCGCGUGCGCACUCGGCGGACAGCUGAUAACUCAUCUAUUAUGCUACUUUGCUGUUAAAUAAAAAUCCUGCAGAGAGACGUCGCGAGUCGCCGCUGGAUCACCGGAGGACCGAAACCCAAAGUCGUGCGAUGGGAGUUUGUCUCUUCGGGGGAUCCAUCGAGGUGACGCGUCGACACCUGCUGCAGCUGAACUGAACACACACACCUGAGCCCUCGCCUCUCACACACACACACACACACACACACACACCUGGGGAGCCGCCUUUUCUCACCUUCAGGCCAGACGCUGCCGUCCCACGGUGCAUUGCUGCGUCCCCGUCGUCCACCAUGUCGGACGCCCCCGAGGCUGCGCCCGCCAGCCCCCCCACCAUCACCAACCCGCCCCCCCCUGAGGUGUCCAAUCCCAACAAACCUGGCAGGAAGACCAACCAGCUGCAGUACAUGCAGAACGUGGUGGUGAAGACUCUGUGGAAGCAUCAGUUCGCCUGGCCCUUCUACCAACCUGUGGACGCCAUCAAGCUCUGUCUGUUGGACUACCACAAAGUGAUCAAGAACCCCAUGGACAUGGGAACCAUCAAGAAACGUCUGGAGAACAAUUAUUACUGGAGCGCCAGUGAGGCCAUGCAGGACUUCAACACCAUGUUCACCAACUGUUACAUCUACAACAAGCCCACAGAUGACAUCGUCCUCAUGGCUCAGGCUUUAGAGAAAAUCUUCCUGCAGAAAGUGGCUCAGAUGCCGCAGGAGGAAGUGGCUCUGCUGCCGCCGGCGCCGAAAGGAAAGAACAAAACUAAACAGCCUGCCGCCACCACAGUGAGUCAGCAGGCGGAGUCUUCAGCCUCCCCCCCACCCUCCUACCCCUCCCCCUCCCCGUCUCAGACACCUGUCGUCUCGACCACGCCCACACCGGUCCCGGCCACGCCCCCCGUCUCCACCCCGCAGCCACCAGCAGCCAUGAUGCCGUCUGCGCAGCCGGUUGUCAAGAAGAAAGGUGUGAAGAGGAAAGCCGACACCACCACCCCCACGACGUCGGCCAUCUCUGCCAGCCGAGCCGAAUCUCCGUCCGCUCAGGACGCCAAGCCUCCAAAGCUGGCCUCGUCCCGCCGCGAGGCCGCCGCCCGGCCCGCCAAGGCCCGCCGCGACACGGUGGAGGAGCUGGCCGGCGCCGAGGCGGUGGGCGGCGGGGUGGGCGUCAGAAAGGGCGGGGGCAAGCUGGGCGAGCAGAUGAAGCACUGCGACGCCAUCCUGAAGGAGAUGCUGUCCAAGAAACACGCCGCCUACGCCUGGCCCUUCUACAAGCCUGUAGACGCCGAGGCCCUGGAGCUGCACGACUACCACGACAUCAUCAAACACCCCAUGGACCUCAGCACCGUCCGGGACGUGUUCGAGAUGCGUUUCGCCAAAAUCCCCGAUGAGGGCCUGGAGGUGUCGGUCCCGUCCACCACGCCGCUGGUCAGUAAAAGCACCGCCUCCUCCGACAGCAGCAACAACUCUUCCUCUGACGAAUCGUCAGACUCCGAGGAGGAGCGAGCCACGCGAUUGGCCGAGCUACAGGAGCAGCUGAAGGCCGUGCACGAGCAGCUGGCCGUGCUGUCGCAGGCGCCCGUCAGCAAACCAAAGAAGAAGAAAGAGAAGAAAGACAAGGAGAAGAAGAAGGACAAGGACAAGGACAAAGGGAACAAGGUUAAGAUAGAAGAAGAGAAGAAACCCAAGGCUGCCGCCCAGCAGCCCAAACCAGCCAAUCAGAAGAAGGCACCGGUCAGGAAAGCCAACAGCACGGUAACGGCCACCAGGCAACCGAAGAAAGCCAGCAAGACGCCGGGCGCCGGCUCGGCCAACGGGGACGACGGCGAGGAGUCGUCCCUGCCCAUGUCGUACGACGAGAAGCGGCAGCUGAGCCUGGACAUCAACCGGCUGCCGGGGGAGAAGCUGGGCCGCGUCGUCCACAUCAUCCAGUCCCGAGAGCCGUCCCUGAGGGACUCCAACCCCGACGAGAUCGAGAUCGACUUCGAGACCCUCAAACCCUCCACGCUCCGCGAGCUGGAGCGCUACGUCAAGUCCUGCCUGCAGAAGAAGCAGAGGAAGUUGAUGC